AUCGUAUCAUAAUCAUAGAUGCUUCGUACAAAUCACAUAUUCGUGUUUAGAUAUUCAGACAAUGACAUAUUUUAAGAAAUGAGUGGAAACAAUACUUGGUUGGAAGAUCAACUCGGUAACCAAAGUGACAAUGAGAAAAAGUUUGAAUUUAAUUGGAGGUUGAAAUGUAAAAUAUACGGAUCUAGGAUUUUCGGAUGGACGUUCAUCACUGCAUUUGCUAUUAUCAUUCCAAUUUUAGUCUAUUACUUUGUCGUGGAUCUGGGUACGUACAUUUCGAUAGAUUCGUUCACUUGUUUGGUGAACGAAAGUUUCAGAGUGUCUUGUGGCAAAGUGGAUAUAACCUCCGAAGAUUGUGUUAGUGUAGGAUGCUGUUUUGACAGCAAAGUAAACUUUUGUUACCACUAUUUGCCUUCGAGGUAUUCAUACGACCACGAUGGAACAAAUUAUGUCGUAUCUCGCCGAAAAACUCCUUUUGGAACGAAGGCUAUUGAUAAGUUGAAAAUUACAGUCAAUGAACUGAACUCUGACCAAGUCUCAGUAACCCUCCAUGGAGUAAAUUCAUCUGUAGUCAGUGACACUUUACCGAAUAAAAACUACAGGGUUACCAAAGUGGAAGAAAAACUCAUGGUUGAAAUUUAUAGAAAUACCACUGGAGAGCUCCUUCUUUCCACUACGAAGGGACCACUCAUAGCUUCGGAUGACUACUGGGAAUGGACUUUAUAUUUGACAAACCAGUCAUUGUUUGGCUUGAAUCAAACUCUAAUAUCUUUGAAACGCAAUUCCAACUUCAGUAUGGUUUUGUACCACAACAAAAAUAACCACCACUCUUUGCCGACAUUUUGGGCGUAUACUAAGGGAAAAUUUCAUGGAGUUUCGAUCAAACAUGAUGGACCGUUGGAGAUAACAAUUCUGCCCUCGUAUUUGAUCGUUAUGAGGAGUUUAACGGGAGGAAAUAUCGAGUUGAAACUAUCUCUGGGGCCGACUCCUAAGCUGCUGCAUGAUCAGCAAUUGAGUGUCAGUAAAUUGCCUCCUUUUUGGAUGAUGGGAGUACACAUAUGCAGGAAGACGAAUAAAUUGGACAUCACCGAAAUAAUAAAACAGUUCACAUUAGCAGACGAAGCUGACAGUUAUUGUGUUGACGACAAUCUUCUGAUGGCUCUUAUGGCUGAUAAUUUAACGAAUAUAAACAUUCUGAAUGAUACCCUUACGAAAUCAAGUAAAAAAGGAAAGAAAUUUCUGCUUUCUGUUCCGCCACAGGUUUCUGUAGAUUCAACAUUGCACGAAACUUUAACCCAACUGGAUCUAGUAUACACCUACAAUUUAUCAUCCUAUGUAGGAAAAUAUUUAAAAAAAAAAGUGGUUUAUCCGGAUUACAGUCACAACCGCAUAGAAGAAUACAUGGAUGCACUCGAUAGUUUCCUAAAUAAAUAUAUUUCGGUCAAUAUAGAUGGAUUUAUGUUGAGUGCUAACUGGCCAUUGGAUGACUCUUUCGAAAUGUGGAAUAUGACUGACUUUCCAUAUUUUCCAAAUAUAUUUCAAGAGGCCAUGUCCUAUACUAUACCAUGGAAUGCAACCAGUGGAGAUGUCUUGCAUAUAGAAAAACACAAUUCCUAUGGACCUUCCCAACUGAAAGCCUUUGAAAACUAUUACAAUAAUACUAACAUUCAGUUAUUAUCAGCUACGAGAACUUAUGGGCAAACCGAACCUAAUUUCAUUCAAAAUAUUGAAACAACUUGGGACAAUUUGAACAAAUAUCUCGACAAUAUUUUGUUCGAUAGUAUAUCUGGAAACCAUUUUGUGAGUCUACCAGUUUGUGGUGAUACUAGUAUGUUCAAUUCUACCAUCCAAGAAACACUAUGUAUUCGUUGGUACCUUGUAGCUGCCACGAUGCCCAUGUUCAGAAUAACUUCCUUGCAGCCUUGGAGGGAACCGGCUAGUUUGGCAGACAAAUAUGCAGAGAAGGCCACUAAGGAGGCCCUCCGCAUUCGAAAAAUGUUCUUGCCUUAUUAUUACACCAUCCUCAGUCGUAAUGAACCACUUAUUAGACCCAUGUUCUACGACUACUACGAAAACACAACUACAUUCAGUAUGAAGAAUCAGUAUAUGAUUGGAGAAAAUAUUUUAGUGUCACGUCCGAUGACCUCCGAUUUACAGAGACUGCGAAUUUAUCUCCCGAGUCGAGUAAGCGUGUGGUAUGAGUUUUUUGGGGGAAGUAUGUAUACCACGAAUCAAACUGAUUCUUGGAUUGCUAUUAAUUUGAGAGAAACGGAUUUCGUGGCAUUUGUGGCCCAAGGAACUGUAGUGCCCUUAGUGGAGAAUAAUAACAUUAACGCAAUAAUUGGUCUGAACUGUACGCACAGUCCGUGUCAGGCGACUGGAACGCUGUUUUUAGAUACCUACAUGUAUUUUAAUGCAAACGAGUCUUCAAUCACCGUAUCCAAAAUAGAUAUGCAUGACUGCGUCUAUACUUUGGGAUAUAUAAAAUUGUAUCAUUACGAUAAUAAAACAAAUUACCAAAAUUAUUACACGAAAAAUGUAAAACUAUGUAAUGGAACUAGCAUCACAAUAUAUUAUGAAGAAUCUAAUUAGCUAUCGUGUUUCUCAUUUAAAUAUACAUUUUUGAUAUUGUAAAUCUGUGUUGAAGUUUAUACCUAUACAUUUUUUGUAACCAUUGGUUCCCAGGCUAAGUACUUAUAUUUGAAAUAAAUAUAUUUUUGUUA